AAUGGGCAAUCGGCCAUGUCCAUUGCACAACGACUCGGCUACAUCUCCGUAGUUGAACUGUUGAGGCACGUGACUAAACAACCGGAAGUGAUACCAUCUGUAGACGAAAAAUACAAAGUUGUCGUACCGGAAGUGAUGCAAGAGGCGGCCAUGUCUGACUCUGAAGACGAAGGAGGUACGAGCCAUCAAUCGCUAAUUUAUUCGUUACUUUAUCUAAAUUUUACUACCAAACCUUCUUAUAAUUCGUUUUCGCAAUUUUAUCCAUUUCAUUAA